AUGGCUCCCUCCGACGAUGCCAGCAGCCCGACCAUUCGUCGGGUUGACAAUAGCGUCUUCUUUGAGCUCAGAAACAACAGAUAUGUGGCAUGGCCAACCGCAGAAAUACCUUCGGGUUUUUCCGACGCAGAUGGGUCACUCGUAACGGUGACCUCGUGCAGUCAUUCCCAAACGAUCGACGCAGCCUGGCUACGGAAGCCGAUUUCGCAAUGGUCCGAGAAAGAUGACGUUUUCACGCUCGAUUUUCUUCAGAAUAUCGUUUUCGUAUUCAAAGGCGCUCCCCUUCAGGAUACUGCAUUCGAUGUCACUACGCUCGACGCGAAAGAGCUGCUCAAGUCGUGGGGCAACCAGAGGAAGUACAAGCUCCUGAAUGACGGAAGGCACGGCUGGGACUGCGUGUCUGUGGCAGUACCCUCGCGCCUUUGCGUACAUGACCCUCCUCGAAGUCCCUUUGAGGGCGCCCGAGUGGCUCUCAAAGAUGCAUUCGAUGUGGGCGGUAUCUGGAUGUCUUUGUGCAAUAAGGCGUACCUGGAGCUCUACCCCCCAGCCGAGUCUACUGCUCCGUCACUGAGAAACAUCAUCCAAGGCGGUGCAAGCAUACUAGGGAAAAGUAGACUUAGCUCUUUCCUUUGUCGGGAAGAACCAUCAGAGUCCGUCGACUACCAGACUGCCUGGAAUCCCCGAGGCGAUGGAUAUCAAGGCCCUGGGGGAAGUAGCAGUGGUAGCGCGUCGGCAGUGGGAGCUUAUGACUGGCUGGACAUUGGCAUCGGAACUGAUACUAACGGAAGCAUCAGAAAACCUGCCCAGUGCAGUGGUUGCUUCGGGCUGAGAAUUAGCCAGGGAGCCGUUUCAUCGUAG